AUGCCGACAUCUAAUCUUGGAGUAUCUUACUCUUACCCCAGAAUUUCAGAUUAUGGCUUUGUUUACAACUUCACUAUUCUACCAUUCCGAAUGACGGGAGACGUGAUGGCUCCUCGUAAAAUGAAGAUUAACAUGCCUGGAGUAGCUAGUGGCAAGGAGAUAAGUGCGAGUCCGACUGGAGAAGGCUUUACUUCCGAGGAACGAGUGAGGCUUAUGCUUCAAGGGUCGAUUUCUGAAGAAAGUAAUUACGAGGGCUGGGGCGCACACCUCUUCCAAAAAGACAUCCAAAUCGUCUCCGCCUCCACCGAUCCCGGCCGUGUAGUAUUCCGCUUCAAAAUCCAGGCCGAGCACUGCAACCGUCUAGGAAACCUGCAUGGCGGCUGCACAGCAACGAUCUUCGAUAUCUGUACUACGUGUGCUCUUGCUCCUAUCGCAAAGGAAGGGUUCUGGGCUUACGCAGGAGUAACCCGCACCCUCUCCGUAACCUACCUCCGCCCCAUCCCCGAAGGCGAAACCGUGCUCAUCGAAGCAGAAGUAGUGCACGCCGGCAAACGUUUAUGUGCGCUGAAGGGCGUGAUGAAAAGAGAAAGCGACGGCGCUGUUUUGACGACUUGUGAGCAUGGAAAAGCUAGUAUUGAUCCUGAAGUGUCCAAGUUGUAG